AUGAAUAACUUUCACCAUCUAUUCUCAACGGCUUUGGUAAUGGAUAGAUAUGACCCUGUGGAAUCGCAUCCUAGAAGUUCGAAAUCAUUCAUCUAUCUUGUCAUCAUAUCACAGAUUUUUGGGUUACUUGCCGUCAUUUUAACAGCUGUUUGGUUGGGAAAAUACUGGGGUGGUUUUAGUUGGACUAACGCCAACACAGUCUUCAAUUAUCAUCCUCUGUUCAUGGUCUUGGGUCUAGUGUUUUUAUAUGGCGAUGCAAUUUUAGUAUAUCGUGUAUUUCGAUCAUUCCGAAAACUACCAAUUAAAAUUCUACAUGCUGUCCUACAUAUUCUUGCAUUCUUAUUCGGUGUUCUAGGAACUAAAGCGGUGUUUGAUAUGCACAAUGCCUUAUUAAUACCUAAUUUAUACAGUCUUCACAGUUGGUUAGGUAUAACAGCUAUUAUAGUGUUCGGAUUACAGUGGGUUGCAGGUUUAAUUGGCUUUCUGGUACCCCAGACACCCCAAGUUGCUCGUAGUAAACUUCUUCCCAUACAUGUUACACUAGGCAGUUUUUUAUAUUUACUAGUGAUUGCUGUAUGUAUCUCUGGGAUUACAGAGAAGAACUUUUUUUCGAAAACUUAUCCAGUUUUGAAAGCUGGUGAAUUAAUUGGCAAUUUACUUGGUGUUGUAUUGGUAAUAUUCUGUGGUUUAAUAUUUUAUUUAACUCAAAAUCCAAACUAUCGUCGUACAGAAACAAUAUCUCCAGAACAUCGUGCAUUACAAGAAUAA